AUGAUGGGACCCCCACGGAAAAUGCCGUCACGGCUUUCGGCGUCUAGAUUCUUAGUUCUGACAAGGCCGAGCGGAGCUCUAGCGCACCGCCUAGUUAGUUUUUCUGACUGGAUAAGGCUUUUCUAACUAACUUUUGACUACAUAGCUAAUCAGUCAAAACAUUGCAUUCGGAUAAUGAAAUCGAUUUGUUUCUUUCAAUGUUGAACUUAUUGCAGGAAGCUUCCAACGAACUUUUUGUGAUCAGUCCCUGGAGAUUCGACGACACUAAAUCCAUGGCGGACGGAGCUCGAUCAACUGCGAUGUCGGCUAAACAUUACCAGGUACCGGCCCAAGGCUCUUAAAAGCAGCUGAGGGUUUUUUUUUCUGUGUCAAAUUGCAAAGGAGAACAGAAAUAACAGUGAAUUCACAAUGACCGAAAUCGCUCUAAUAUAAAAAAAUGAAAUUAUGGUUUAUUCAAAACUGAUUGAAAACUUUUCAAAGAAGGCUAGCCAGGCUUGUGCGAGGUGCAGAUUGUCAAAUUGGAUAGACUUUAAUGAAAAAGAGAAAAGAAUUUUUUUUGUUUUUGAUGAAGUUAGAACAUUUUUCUCGAAGCCUGGCUUGGUCCGAUUCCGCGAGCUAGCUUGUUUCGGACUUUAAUUGCUCGGACCUCGGUCACGCAAAACGGACUCGUCCCGGACGUUUCUUAUAAUUUCUAGUAAGCACUCAAGAGUGCUGAAGUCGCUGAAGGAGUUAGAAAUGCUCGGAAACGUCCGGGCGCGUACAAUUUGCGGUACCGAGACCACACUUGUGCGUCUGGCUGGACUUGUUAUUGCAAAAAGCCUGCGUGAGCUUGGGCCAGGCCGAGCUCCAAAAAAAAAAAAACUCAAAUUUCUCACCAAAAAAUCCGUAUUUUCAAAUUCGUGGUUCCUGUUGAACUUCAAUUAUAGAAGAACCAGAAACAUGAUUUUUGUCGUAAAGAAAGCUGAUGUUCGAAUUGAUGAAAACUUGCUUUCUGGGUCUGUUUUUGCUAAGGGUUUAGCUCAGCCUUGCCCGGCCUCAGAGAAUGACGAGGCCGUUAGGCUGACGACUCGGCCCUCGCACAACCCUGUCUCGGACCUCGAUAACGAAAGCCUAACGCGCUCUGGGCGUUUCUGAAUUCAAAAGAAGCUCCAACACGUCCGGACAGGUUUUUUUUCACAUCAUAUUCUUCGAACUGACGAGAUUCCAAACAUUUUAAGAACUAUAAUCUAAAAAUUGCAAUUCUAAAUUGGAAAAAAAUUUUGGAGUAUGCGAUAGUUCGUCUGGGUGUAUUCGUCUGGUUUACAUCCUAAACACCAUAAUUUACGAAAAGUUUUGACUUUCUUAUGAAAAAAAACAGUGCUUUCACGGCGAAUCCGCGGAGUGUAAAACUUUUGAGAAUAUCCUCAGUGCGCGCUUGCUGCUUUUUCCCGCUAAAUUCAAAUUUCUUCACCCGUUUUGUCGUUUUUGGUCAUUUUUUCGAUGUUUUUUUCGUUUCUUCAUAUCAGUAAACUUACUGUUCUUUGGGACCCACCAAUUCGUUUCGAAAAAGGUUUUUUGUUCAUUUAUAAAUUAUUAAAACUUUGACAGUAAGUUCGUUUUCGCCAGGGGUGAAUGCACGAGAAACAUCAUAUUCGACGACUUUUUGUGGGCGGGACGUAGCUCUGGAAACGCGUUUAAAAGCCGAGUUUUCUUACUCCCUAUCGACAGAGCUGCUGACCAGGGUUGUGCGAGAUCUCGUCUCGAAAUUUUUCGAGAUUUUCGAGACGAGAUCUCGUCUCGAUGGGAAAUUCACUCGUCUCGUCUCGAAUUACCGAGACAGAUUUUGAAAUUGUCUCGUGUCGUCUCGAAAAAUCGACACGAAAGUUCAUUUUCAACGAGAUAUUUUCGAGAUAUGAGCAGCAGAAGUUUCGAGGAAUCAGGAGGUGAUAAAAGAAAAGACAUGGCGUACGGUUCGGUGCUUUGUCUGAGUAGAACAAGAAACUACUUAAUCGACGCGCAAAAAUAGAAUUUUUUUGAAUCUAUUUUGAAUUUAUAAGUUAUAUUUGAAUCCUUAGAGCUCUAAGGAUUCAAAAACGAAUUUCAGUUUAAUAAAUAAUUUGGUGGGAAAAUAGAUAAUGAGUUCUCUUGCUGCUGCAGAUGUCUGUGCCGUUUUCUAUAAAAAUGAUUGUUUUUUCUACAUGCCGUUGAAGUGCAUGUGUCCAUUCGGAUCAUAUAUUUCAUUUUAUUUUUUUCGUAAGCUAUUUUCGACUAGCAAUAGUUACUUUUUAAAAAAAUAUUCAAGAAAAAUCCGCUAUAUAAUUUUUAAGUUAUCUUAAACUUUUUUUCCUAGACUCUUCGCCUUGCUGACUGCAAAAUUCUGAUUGAUUCCAAAGCGACGAGAAAUCAUUUUUUUUGAAAAAAAAAUUCUUGAAAAAAUUGGUCACUUCUGUAGUUCCCACGUGCUCAUCGGAACGUUGCUUGA